AUGGCUCGGAGCCUGGAUACCCUCCCCUUCGAUGUCUUUUAUCAGAUCGCCACGUCGCUGGACGACCGUGACUUGAUCCAUCUGAGCCGCGCCAACCAUGCUCUCCGCACCCUGACGAAUAGCGAUCUCAUCGCCCGCAAGACGGUCGAGCGCGUACUGCGAUAUAGCGAGGAAGGCCACGCAGCCUUACGAGCCCAGGCUGGCUACCGCAAGGCUGUUGGCCACCGCUUUGACAUCAAUGAAGCGAUCGCGACAGCGGACCCGUAUUCCGUCUGCGUCUUAGCCUUUGGCGCCGACUUCCUCUAUGAGCAAGGCUUUCUCUGUUAUCGCGUCGGGCAUGAAAUCCGGCUUCUCAACGUGCAUGGCGUCGACGAAUACGAACGCGUGUUGAAUCUCUACGAUGUACUUCCCCACCUGGAGGGUUCGAGCCACUUGGACGCCGCCGAGCGGGUGACACUCGUCCACUAUCACGAUGGCGUCCUCGUCUUACGAGUGGCCAGCAGUCACGAUGGCUUCACAGACACGUUGCUAGUGUUGGAUAUGCAGCCUCAUCCCCGGCCUACCACGGGACGACGAGGACGACUGCUUCUACAAGCGGCGGUGCCUGCAACUGUGCCCAUCUUCGUGCGCAAUAACCGCUCCUACAUCUGGUACGGCACUUUUACGGCCCUGGAUGAUUCCAAUGGAGUCUGGGCAGUUUCUGGAGUAGAUUUACUCACUCUGCAGACGAUAAACUUCUCUCUCGACGGAGUGGUCGAAGGUGAUGUGGGCCAAACAGUUGCCUUUGAGAUGUACGAGGCAUGCCUCUAUGUAGUCUCCACACAGGCUACAUCAGGCGACGACGAACGGUACUCCUCUUUCUAUCAUUGUGCCUGCUACGCUCCGCGAAACAAGGGCCAGAAAUGGAAUGGACGCCUGUGGCGCCGUGAGCACCGCGAGGGACCGAUCAAUGAGAUGUGGACAGACCUGUCGAUCCGGAUGGACGAGACGACCGGUCGACCGGUCAUUCUCGAAUGUCGCCGCGAGUGGCGACAGGGAAAAAGCGAAAACCAUCGAACAAAUUACAUCGAGCCCCUCCCAACUCCUGAAGAGGCCUUUGGCGAGCGGAACGGCGAGACGCCUCCGCGGUGGGUGAACGAGGUCAAGGACCUCAACCCGGGUGACAACCGGCAGACCUACAACGAGCGCCCCGAAAAGCGACUGCGCCGCUACUACCAUCCCGAAUAUGAGGACACGCAUGACCAAAACACACGGCAGGAAUUUAUUGCUGUCCGCACGAAACACCGAAGUUAUCACCUCUCCGCUGCUACCUUCGUGGACCUCGUCAACGACCCCCAGGCGGACGGUCUGCGGUCCCGGGACCGAUUGCGCCUGCGAACAGUCUCGCGGAAGCGCAAAUGCCCCCUGGAUGAGGAAGGCAUGCUCCUCAAACCGACCCAGGCCGACGCCGAUGGCCGACCUGUGGAAGGCUCCGAAGAACAAUUCGUUUCUCGCGGUGUCCGCCUCUGGCCACCUAAGGACUCUCCUUCCGAACUGACCCAACUUCUCUGCCCCGAUACCCGCCUGGGCGCCAUCCGUGCUGUCUCGGACGAGCGCUCUCUCAUCUAUUCCGUUUCCUCUCCAGGUCUCUCUCACAACGAUCGGGCUCUGAUCCUGAUCAGCUUUGACCCUAAGAUCCGUUUUCCGGAUUUCCCGUCCCUCCGCACCAUGAAGGCAGCCACAACUGGGCAGAUGUUCCCCGUAGAAGUACCGCGACCCGAGUCGAGUAACUUUCUCAUCAGAAAGUCGGAGCCACUUUACAAGGCUAUCCGACGAGGAUAUUGGGUCCGAUAA